GAGAGUUUCCAACCGUUUCUCGUUUCGAUUGUAUAAUCGAGAUCUCGUAGCUAAGAAAUGGGGUCUUCUCCCUGGAUGUCUCAGACUUUUUCCGAUAGAAUUCGAAUGAACCCAUGCCAAAAACUCAGGUUGACGCGCUUGCAGGAAAAUGGCGGCGCGAUAACCUGUGUUUUGAAACGUUUUGUUGAACCUAGUCGUGGUCGGAGUUUUCGUUGAGAAUGGACAUCUCAAGCAUGCUCGAGGUUCAGGUAGACGAAGUGAAAGAGUUGGACAUAAAAGAAAAUGUAACUCCUAAAGAUCUGCUUCCAAUUACGAUAAAAACGCCGUCACCGAUUUCACAGGAGGAAGCGAACCAUUAUAAACAUAUGUUUGGAAGUGAUUUUUCUAUAGUACGAUUUAGAAGAUUACAUUGUACAGGAUGUGAUGCUCAUAUUGGAUCAGCACCUGCAAAUGCUGAUAACAUGUUUGAGCAUCCUAUAUUGCGUACAUUGUUGUGUGCUACCUGCCGUGAAUUUUAUGGGGAUGGCACCUUUGAACAAGGUGAUGAUGCUACAGACAUGUUCUGUAGAUGGUGUGCGAAUGGUGGCAAUUUGUAUUGUUGUUCUUUUUGUAGUAAUACUUUCUGUUAUAAGUGUAUCAAGCGAAAUAUUGAUCCUGUAUUGAGGAAAAAAAUUGAAGCAGACGAGCAAUGGAAAUGUUUCGUUUGUGAUCCUACAGAUUUAUUUUCUGCGAGAGCAACUUGUUGGGCUUUAUUGGAGCAUAUUAAGAAAAUGAAUAGGUCUCUACAACAUAACUGUAAACUGAGCCAGCACGAAAUAGAUGAGAAAAUGAAUUUAGACGAGGCGAGUUGUUGUCCACGUAGAAGAAAACGGAAGCGUCGAAGAACUGGUUCCAACUCGGAAGAGGAUGACAAGUCGUAUAUUCCGAAACAAAUAGGUAUCCUCACAGCCCCAAGAGGUAGAAGAAGAGGCCGUCGUAAGAAGAUCCUCAAUGGUAGCAGCGUGCCCGUUUCCGGUCAAUCGUUCACCGGACCGGAAGAUCACCGUGAUCCUGUAGAUCACGAGAUACUACCGUCCUUACUUUCGUGCGAACAAACUAUGGUAGAAGGUGAAAAUGAAACAGUUGACACAGACGGUAGAAUCAUCGCCCAGCAACCACGAACUAUAUUGCCUCGUAGAAUAGAACCUAACAUUGUUCCGCAACCGAUGUACAACGCUUUCGUGAACGUGGUCUCCCCAAAUUUCUUGCAGCCUACUUCUCCCAUGGUACCUAUACGUCAGGUGCACAAUCCGUUGAAUCAGAUGAAUUUGUACCAGACUAUGCAGUGCGCACAAACGCCCAUGGUAACGAUACCCAAUCAGAGCGCUGAUAUGUUGAACCGAUUAAAUUUUCCUUUAGCGCAGCCACAGAUUUCACCGCCUAAAACGACGAGCUCGAGUAUUAUAGAGAUUGAAAGUGACUCGGAAGAGGUUGCUAUCGUUGGUCCGUCGCGAGACUCGCGCUCCUUUAAAGACCAUAUCGAUAACAAUACUGCAGUACCUAUUGCUCUGGUCAGCUCGAAGAGUAAUAAUACCUUAGGAAGAAUACUAGAGAUGGAAAGGCGUAAUGUGAAAACUCUUAACCAGAGGUUACUUCCACACGGUCAGGAGAUCGAUAACAUUCUGACGAACCUCAAGAGUAAGCUUCAGGAUUUAUUUGAAAUGGUUAAGAAGGAGGAGCAGAAAAAGUACAAGCUAAACGAGGCUCGUGACACGAUCAAACAGUUUCAUCGCGAAAUCCGCGACACGGUGUCUCAAUUGGCGUGUGUAAACGAUAGAAUAGUGCGCGAAUAUAAUCGCUGGAAGAGAUAUCAGUUGAAGACAGGCGGUAUUCAAUCUUCGGAAUGUAAUACACCCCAUGAAACGUCGAAGAACGAGGAAAUACCGCUCGAGAUGACUUGCGUGAACGAAUCUGCAUCUGACACUGAGAACAGCGAGUCCGAGAACAAUAUCAUCAAACCGUCAGAGUUCGUCGGUACAACGAACGUGGUUGGUGGUAUGAAAUCCUUUAAGAAAAGAACUACCAAGUCGCGUGCUGUGGCCACUGACCGUGUUUCCUUGGUAGAUAAAACUGUACAAAUAUUCGACAUUGAAUUGGAUGAUUACGACAAGUGUAUAAGGCAUUCGUCUCUGAAGAAGUUUGAUCAAGGACUUGCAGCACGUAAACAAUCGAUAAAUUAUGAAAAACAAUUUAUUUAUUAUUUACAAAAUCGUUUAGACGCCGAUAACAUUCGAUCCGAAGGGUCCAAGAAUUUGCCCGACCCAAAUGAGACACCAUUGAAGGACUUGAUAGAAGCUAAUUCGCCAUUUAUUUCAGAGAUGUUGGAGACCAUGGACAAAUCCGUGAAUUCUAGUGAUAGUGAAAAUGAAAAUGAAAAUGAAAGCGGAAGCGAAAGUGGAAACGAAAACGAAAAUGAAAACGAAAACGAAAACGAAAACGAAAAUGAAAACGAAAAUGAAAACGAAGACGAAGAGGAAGAGGAAGAAGAAGAAGAAGACGAAGAUGAAAACGAAAACGAAAACGAAGAUGAAAACGAAGACGAAAAGAUAUCUGAUAAAAAGGACGACGAUAUGAAAUUAUCUAUUAAACAGAAGAUAAAUACGGUUACAGACCGUUCACGGAAACAAACGUUUGUAAAACUGGUUAACGAUAUAAAUAAUGAUUUAGGUAAAAAGAAAAGUGUAAAAAACACUUCUACGUCUAUCGUGAACACGCAGAGAGAAACUAAAUCGUACGGAAAGCGUUUAUCUAGAAAUGAGGAAAUUUUAAUAGUAAACGUAUCCACGAAAGAUAAUCGCAAUACAAGCAUAAGUAGAAAAUCUACAAACAACAAGGAAGACGACUGUACUAUUAUUAGUGAUUAAAUUAUGAUUCAUAACAUCUUCCAUCAAUCUCAUUAAAAUUUUUAUGGCUUUUUAAAACUUGUCUCUUGUUAUGAUUUUCUUCUUAAGCAUUCUGUUACACGUUUUUGUUUUUUCUCACUAGCGAUAACGAAAUUGUUGCUACAAUUAGAGAUUUCCAAAAUAGGAAGGCAAUACACUGACACGUGAAUUCAAAACGUUAAUGUCCACAAGUUCCUUAAAUUCUUUAAAUUCAAGCAAUUUCUUUUACAUUUCCAAUUGACGAGUCGAUCUUUUAUUUUCAAUAUACAUGUCACGCGCCGAUAAAGAUUUAUUUAGAAAUUCUUUAAAUAACGCUUAUGCAAAGUAUAAAGUAAGAAUUUAUACGAGUGUUAACGAAACUAUUUUCUUUUAAACGAUCGUGUUCAAGAUUGUCAUUGUUUUCUUGUACAUAUAUAAUACAUUGUUCGGUAGCAAGUAAUGUAAAAAGUUGACAUAUAUUUGAUUAAUGAUUUCCCCGAUGAUUUUAAACCGUAUCUCUUUCGUACGUGAUUACAUUUGUUCAAUUACGACCAUCGUUUUUGAUGCUUGUAAUUCAUUUCUCUAUGUAAAGUUGCUCUGUAAGACUGCACACACACACUUUGGAAAUGAGUAUUUCCUGAAACGAUUAGGAUACGUUAUUGAGUGAACGUUGAAUUCGAUAAGUUUCUAGAAUUUAUAUAUAAAUAUGUUGAAUACGAAUACUUAAUAUUAUACCUAUACUUGUUAGGUAAGAUGUGUAUAAACGAGCGUGAACGAAUGGGUGUCCGCAGAAGGGCAAGAUUUGUAGCCCUAAGAAGUAAAGUACGUUGUUUUGUAUGAUCUGUGGUAGAUAACUUAUAGCCUAGCAAUUAUACUUCGAGCUAUAGCGAGCGAAUGUUUCCAUGGUAGUCGCAAAAGUUCGUCUAUUAAUUUCAACUGAAUCAAACUCUACUCAAAUAAAUUUAUUACGAACUGUCAAACGCCGCUAUUUUCUUGAAUAAAUACUGUAUAGAUACUUA